AUUUACAUCUGGCAUCGCUGGAUGUGAUUGCAUCAGAAUUUGCGAAUGACAGAUCUUUUUCUUUGUAGUAUCAAAAUGGCCGCAUAAAGUAAAAGGUAUCUGACGAAGUUUAAUUUUGAUGAAAUAAUGGAUAAGGAGUGUAGAAAAUGCAAAAAAUUAGCUAAAAUUUUUAAUAAUAUCAAGGCCCAGUACAGAUUUUGUGAAGUGUUUCGUCAAGGGCCUGUUGCUAGUUAUCAGAAGAUUGAUUUUCGAUACCGUCAUCGAGUGCAACGUUCGAAAAAAUAUUUUACGUACAAGGAACAACAGAUCAAAGAUCGUUCAGGAUAAACUGCUCGCAAUGACGUAUUGAAAGAAUGUGAUAGAUAUGUUGAUGAUUUCAUAACGAAAUAGUGUUUUUGCUUGCUGGAGCAUCUACUUUCCGUGAACAUCAAAUAGUACGGAUAAAUUUCCCUGUAUAAAUAUUGCUAUUAGAGUAAACUAAAAUUACAACUAAUAAUCAACAUUAAUAAUGCUAUCUAGUUGGAAUUACAACGCAAACAUGGCCGCUGGAGUAGGUUCACAAUACGCAAUGAUGCCGUCGCGAAACAAGAAGUUAUUGGUGGUGGAUGGAAAAUGUGUGGUAAACAAGGCACCAUCGAGUAGAAGCUUCAGUACCACAACUUUUGUGGGGAAUGUUUUCCAAAAAUUGUUUAACAUACUCAAACCAACUGAAAUUCCGCUUACUGCAUUAGAGAAAAACAAACAGUCAUUGUCAGCUCCGGAUAUUUUCGUUGACAUGAGCCUCAGUACUCCCGUGUUUGACCCUGGUAAAACUACACUUAUAAUUCCGGAAGAUCAAGAAGCUACCUGUGAUCAGAUAUCUCUUUCGGUUGGAAACUCACCUGUCGAUUGGUGUCCCACCGAGAAAAUUGAAAAACAUACAUACUCGUGGAAAUACAGAAAUACUGCUGCUGCCGGUUUUGAAAUGCCCUGUUCGUCGAGUAAAUAUAAGCGUCCCAAGGCGCAAAAAAGCUUCAAUCACCUCAGUAAAUCAAAGACGGUUGGCAAAAACCAGAAUGAGAAAAAUCGUCAUGAUCUUUUGGCAGACAUGUUAGAAGAUUAUCCGCAAAUCCCGAAUGAAAAUGAGUUUGAAUCGGAGGAUGAAGGUUUCGAAUCUGUUAUGAACAAAAGUUGCGAAGUAGAUCAUAAUCUUAAUUUGGUAUCCUCCCAACCAUCAAGUUCAACAGUUCCUUUUAAUUUAUCGGAAGAGUCCUUUCCGGCUAUCGGUUUUCCUGUUUCAGAGAAAACCAAGGUGCAACAUUUACUUGGCCAGCACCUAAGGCAGACAUCAGAAUGUGAAAGUGAAGAUAGUUUUGUGAUAUUUUCUGAAGACGUACGACUAUUGACACCUUCUGCAAACCCACGGAGAAGAAACGAUAUCUGCAUGGCGUUGAAUAAUUUUUUCGCUCCGGUAGCGUCAUUGCGACGAGAGAGGAAUCUUUCAGAAUGUAGUGAUGACAGUAUCGUUUUUUGCUACGACUCCAACCACGAUGAUACAGAUUGCCAGUUAGAGAUAGAUUUGGAUACGGACGAUGAUGGAUCCGAGGACGAGAGCUACGGUGAAGGAACUGAUAAAGCUCGAACCCAUCAGCUCGAUUCGGGCUUCGAAGAAAAAAAGGUGCGUUUCAACUUAAAUCCGGAGGUUCAUGAAAUUCGUGCUUGGGAGUUUGCUUACCGCCAUGCGCGUAAAGGUGAAUGGGAAAUGGCAGCAAGAGAUCGUGAACGGUUCAGAAAACGAAUCGAAGAGACAGAGCAUAUUUUGAAACCUGUGCUUGAGUGUAGUUUGCGAGAUCGAGUGUAUCAUGAACGAUUUUCUAGUUAGUGGCAGUGUAGAGUGUAGAAAAACCAAAAUCAGAUGAACAUACGCCCUAUCUAAGGUGUUCGUUGUUGAGUGUUCGGGUUCGAGGAUUUUCAGAUAUCGGGAAGUCAGGAGAUAGAUAAUACAAAUGAAGCAUAAUAAAAUAAAGUCAAAACCACA